AUGGGAGAGCUAGACAAAAUAAUUUUAUCCGCCUCCUGCAGCAAAACCAAGCCACCUACAUUUAGGUCUUGGACGCACUCUGGUAAAAUUAUCAGAGUAACGUGCGACGAUGACCUGAAGAUGGAAUGGCUAAAAAUCAAGGUACUAACCUUAAAAUGCUGGAAAGGAGCAUCACUUGCUGUUGUAAGGAUGGACGAGCUCCCCAAGCUUACCAAAGCCACUCUCUGGAUCCCAGGGGAAGCGCAAGCUGACCUUGACGAGAAGGAGGUUGUGCUCAGGCGACUUAAGGAGCAAAACACAACCUUACACGUGGCGAAAUGA